UAACGUAUCCUCAAAGCGUGAACAAUGUACACAUUAACACAGUCAUAAUUGUCUGCUGUGGUCGUUUUUAUUCAUCCUAUGAGGUUUAGUGGGUGUAGCCGGAAAUGACAGACAAUCCCUGCCUUUAUUGAAUUUUGUUCUCUGCUCGCUCUGAUCAGGCGGAAGUGAGAACAGUUCUACGGUAUUGUGCUUGUACCGUUUCAUUUGGUUGUGGGCUGACUGAAUUACACCGCGCCUCCUUCCGUGCUGUGUUCAAGCCCCACGAGUGGGAGCCCGGAUUGGAGCGUAUGGAGCCGCAGGACGUGGACGAGCCACGGGGGCCGGUGCUCCACAUCGUGGUGGUCGGCUUUCACCACAAGAAGGGCUGCCAGGUGGAGUUUUCGUACCCGCCGCUGAUGCCGCAUGAGGGUCACGAUAGCAACAUGCUGCCCGAGGAGUGGAAGUACCUCCCGUUCCUGGCGCUGCCCGACGGAGCGCACAACUACCUGGAAGAUACGGUCUACUUCCAUCUCCCCCCGCUUGGCAGAGACACCAAGUGCGUCUACGGUGUGUCCUGCUACCGGCAGAUUGAGGCCAAGGCGCUGAAGGUCCGACAGGCCGACGUGACCCGGGAAACGGUGCAGAAGAGCGUCUGCGUGCUGAGCCGGGUGCCUCUGUUCGGUCUUGUCCAAGCCAAACUGCAGCUCAUCACACACGCUUACUUUGAGGAGAAAGACUUCUCUCAAAUUUCCAUCCUGAAGGAACUUUACGAGCACAUGAACGGCUCCCUGAGGGGCUCCGCUCUGGACGGCUCGCAGGUCUUCCUCGGCUUGUCACCGCGAGAUCUCAUCCUGCACUUCAGACACAAGGUUCUCAUCCUUGUCAAGCUCAUCCUGCUGGAGAAGAAGGUCCUCUUCUACGUGUCGCCCGUCAGCAGACUCGUGGGAACGCUGAUGACAGUCCUGUCGUUGUUCCCAGGCAUGAUGGAGCACGGCCUGGUGGAGUCUUCGCACUACCAGCCCAAGAGCAGCCUGUCGGAGGACCCGAACCUAGCGGCGAGCGUCUCGGGCGCCGAGGAGUUUGAGGCGGUGUCCGCCUCGGAGCUGCGGGGCGAUGGGGACUCCCGGGGGUCGCCCUCCAGCAACGGCGCCGAGCCUCUCCUCAAGCCGCCCUCCCGCGCAUCCCCCGAGUCAUCGGAGAGCGACUGGGAGACGUUGGACCCCGGCGUGCUGGACGAGGGGGCGGAGGGCAAGGCGCCGGCCGUGCCCAUCACGGUGCAGCCGCUCGGAGGGCAGGGCGCCGUCGCACAGGGGCUGCUGUCGGGUCUGGAGGAGGACCAGUACGGCAUGCCGCUUGCCAUCUUCACCAAAGGUUACCUGUGUCUCCCGUACAUGGCGCUGCAGCAGCACCACCUUCUGUCCGACGUGUCGGUGCGCGGCUUUGUCGCCGGGGCAACCAACGUCCUCUUCCGGCAGCAGAGGCACCUAAGCGAUGCCGUGGUGGAGGUCGAGGAGGCCAGCAUACAGAUCCACGACGGCGAGUUAAGAAAAGUUUUGGGCCUGACCACGGCCGACCUGCGCUUCGCCGACUACCUGCUGAAGCAUGUGACGGAGAACCGCGAUGACGUCUUCCUGGACGGGACAGGCUGGGAGGGCGGCGACGAGUGGAUCCGGGCGCAGUUCGCGGUCUACAUCCACGCCCUGCUGGCGUCCUGCUUGCAAGAAGAUAACGAGAGGCUGCUGGCGGAUUACGGCACCCCCUUCAUCACCAGCUGGAAGGCCACGCACAACUACCGCCUGUGGCACAGCAACAAGCAUGCCGCCAUGGCCGCCGUCACGCCAGGACAUCCGUUCCAGGGACAGUACAGCGUCGCCGAUGUUAAACUGCAGCUCAUCUGUCAUAACAUUGUGGUUGCCUUGGUAACAGCAUGGUUACUUUGGGGCAGGUGUUCGGCGGCGAUAUUGUGCUGCUGAAUCAAAAUGGGGAAAUAACAUUUUGGGGGUAUUUUUUUAGUAACAAAAGACAAACCAAUUCACUGUUGACUGAGCAAAGGUUACGACCUUAGCAAGUUGCAGUUUAUAC